AUGGCUUCGGAAGAUGAAGAUGACUACAUGAAUAUGGUUAUUGAGGAGCCCACUCAGAAGGAGACCUUCACUCAAAAAAAGCGCCGCGAACUACGAGAGGUACCGUAUCUUCCACAUUCUAAAACGCCAUAUCUGUCUCCGGCUAAAUUCCAAACCAAUUCUAACAUUCUUUUCCAUAUGCAGGCCGAAGCCCGAGGCCGAGUCCCAUCCAAAGCCGAACGCGCCGCUCGGGAAGCCGUCCGCCGAGAGGAAGCCUUGGCCACAAGCACCCUCAACCCCACCAACAAAGGAUUCCAAAUGAUGGCAAAGCUUGGGUUCAAGCCUGGUGGUGUACUUGGCAAACCUGUUACCACCAGCGACUCUGACACUACCGACACUGCCGACUCUUUCCUCAAAGCGCGCGCUGAACCGCUGAACCUAACAUUGAAAGAAAACCGCGGCGGAAUCGGGCUGGACACGGAGAAAAAGCGCAAGCUCCGCGAGGAAGCAGAAGAAGCAGCAAAGAAAAUAAAACAUGAAGAGGGGAGUUACCGAGAUCGUGUUCGUGAAGAGCGCGAGUUGAAACGUAUCGAAGCGCAAGUGCGCGCUGCACAGAAAGUUGCAGAGAGGCUGGAUGCGGAAUCCGAGAGUGGGGCUGCCACCGACGAAGACAAAGAACAAGGAACAGGGUCCUCGGCCACAUCCAACAAAGAAGGUGUUGACUCCACAGAUCCUUGUCAACCACGCGACGGACCCGACGUAGCUACGAAGAAGAAGAAGAAGAAGCCAAUCAAACUCACGUCCCAAAUUAACGUUCUCUACCGCGGUCUUAUCCGUGAGCGCGAAAGGAACGACAGUGACCGCCAAACACGCCAUGCUCUCCUAUCCUCACUCCCCUCAUCAUUUUUUCCCAGAGCACGUCUACCUGAAUACGAUGACCCGACUAUGGACCGGGAGGACAAAAAGGCCCUUAACGGCGAUCUGGAUCAAGAUACCUCUACAUUGGAAAUAGAGCUGGAAGAAGACGACGAGGAGCUCGAUGCCUUCAAUGCGCUAGAGCCAGCUGAGCGACUACACAAGCUGGUUCUCUUUCUGCGCGAGACAUAUCGUUAUUGCUUCUGGUGUAAAUACGCCUACGAAACGGAUCUUGAGCUGGAAGGGUGUCCUGGCCUGACCGAAGAGGAUCACGAUUGA